GCAGUGUAUGACGUAGUAAUUUAACAGUUUUCCUGUGAAGUGUAAUCUGAACCUAAAAUUGACACUCUUUGUGUUUCAACAUUAGAGGCGUGUGCAGAUCUUAGGGAAACUCAAAAGAAUGGCUUUCAAGGCAGUGCUUACCUUCCUAUUAGUGCUGGGUAAGUUAAUAGCUACUUCUUCGUUACAAGAAAGUAAUCGUCGACGUGGUGGAAGUCACAACCAAGGAGUUUACAGCGGACACGGCGGACAUGGAGGACUUGGAGAGCCUAAUAACCAAGGCAACUGUUACCAGCGAUGCUACUCGGCUUAUCAGGUCAACGCCAGCAACUACUUCGUCGCAGGCUGUGUCUGUAGCCAGUACAACUUCCCCGAGUCAGUAGGAGGUGGCCCAAGUAACCAUGGAAGCAGUCCAUUCAACAUCUGUGGCUACAUUGACCACACAUGCCGUGCCAGCCCCAGCGAGUAUGACACGGAGUACGCCUACAGCUACGACAGCGGCACCAAGACUUGCCUCAAGAUCAGAGUGUACAGCAAAUGUGUCAAUGGCUACAGCAGCCAGAGCAACAUCUUCCAGAGUCAGCAGGCCUGCUCUACUACUUGCGAGGCCCGCGGCUACUAAAGAUUUCUUCUUCUUCUUCGUUCUCAUUUGAUAAAAGGUUAAUAUCAUUAAUCCUAUAUCUGAGAUGAUCGUGCUGGGGUUUCCAGAUCAGGCAGUUCUCCAUAUAGUUUUUCUUCUAUAGGAGAGUUUCGGUGCCCGAGUCUUUUCCGGGCCUCGCUUUGUAGGACAUGGUCAGCCUUCUCUGGUGAUGCUACACAAGGGAAAGUUGUUCUAGUCCCCAUGUUUAGUGUCUCAUUCUGUUGUAAAGGAUAUUUUCAUGACUGUCCAUAAUAAGAUAUUAAUAAUAUUUGAGUGCGCGGUAUUCUCACUUCUUAUUUACGUAUAUUAUCAUUUCCCUUGAAAGAAUAAUUUAUUUGAAUGACGCAAAUACGAAACGAACCACACACGAACUCCGUUAACCUUUCUUUGCGUCAUCUCUUAAUUUGUUCCAAUUAAUUUUUGCAUUAUUAUAUUUUUAUAAAUAGGACUUAAUAAAAAUCUCUUUAGUAAGUUUUACAAUGUCAGUAUCAUGAUAAACUGCUUGGAUACUUAUAUGAUGGGUCACGAGUUCAAAAUCCCGAUAUAAACUUCUACAUAUUUUUAUUCAUACUAAAAGUCAGCUCGGAAGCCUUCUCCUUGAUAGCUCCACACUUCAAUGUCCUCAAAAUAAACUAUUAUGUACGCUUUGAUCAUGUUUUUCAUAAUAGUAAUAAUGUUGAAUCAUACAUUUUCUUCUGCUAACCAUGUCUCAAAAGAUUAACUGUGAUGAUAUUGUGUACAGUUGAAUCACUUUGUGUGUUUGUGCAUGUUCUUGACUGUGUGAUUCUUAAAUGCAAUACAGACUGAGUGUAUCUCUAAAUUGACAAUAUGUUAAUACCUGAGAUUAUAUUUUGAGUAUGUC